GCGCCCCUCCACCCACGCCUGAGCGUCUGAGCGUCGGCUGCGGUUCCUUCCCCAGGGCGAGACACCCACCACCCCCACCGCCUCCGUUGCAGCUUCGCCAUCUGGAUGCCAGUGGAAAAAAUACCGUGGUUGAGACUUGGCUGCCUUUGAAGCCACUCUGCGCUCAUCCGGAACAUGAGUGGACGCGCCCGCGCCAGGGCACGGGGCAGGGCCCGCAGCCCCAGCGCCGCGGAGGUGGGGCGCCUGCACGCCUCCCCUUCGCCUCCAUCUGUUGGUCUCGGUGACAGUGAGGUAUCCUCUAGCAGCGGCCCCGUGGGAACAAGCAGGAUUUCCCAGAAAUGUAAGUAUGGUAUUUCUGCUGGUGAUGCUGGAUGUACCUUCAAGGAAAGAGGUGGGAAACUCAGACGAGACUUCGUGGAUUUGGCUGUUUGUACCAGAGAGAAAAUGGCCCACGUGAGAAACUGCAAAAAAGGUUCCAGUGGAAUACCUGUGAAACUGGUCACAAAUCUCUUUAACUUGGACUUGCCCCAAGACUGGCAGCUCUACCAGUAUCAUGUGACAUAUAAUCCAGAUAUAGAAUCUAGAAGGCUGAGAAUUGCUCUGCUUUAUAAUCACAGGGAGCUCUCCAACAAAGCAAAAGCAUUUGAUGGUGUCAUCCUUUUUCUCUCACAAAAGCUAGAAGAUAAGGUCACGGAAUUGUCAAGUGAAACUCGAAGAGGUGAGACUGUAAAGAUGACCAUCACUCUGACCAGGGAGCUGCCGGCAAGCUCUCCCGUGUGCAUCCAAGUCUUCAAUAUCAUCUUCAAAAAGAUCUUAAAAAGGCUGUCUAUGUACCAGAUUGGACGGAACUUCUACAACCCUUCCGAGCCAGUGGAAAUUCCCCAGCACAAAUUGUCCCUUUGGCCUGGGUUUGCUGUUUCUGUAUCAUAUUUUGAAAGGAGUCUCCUGUUUAGCGCUGAUGUGAGUUAUAAGGUACUCCGGAACGAGACUGUUCUGGAAUUCAUGACUGAUCUCUGCCACAAAACUGGCAUGUCCUGCUUUACCCAGACGUGUGAAAAACAGCUGAUCGGAGUCAUUGUCCUGACAAGGUACAAUAACAAAACCUAUCGCAUCAAUGACAUUGACUGGUCAGUGAAGCCCACGCACACCUUCCAGAAGCGGGAUGGCACUGAGAUCACCUACGUGGAUUACUACAAGCAGCAAUAUGAUAUUACUUUGUCUGACCUAAACCAGCCAGUGCUUGUUAGUCUGUUGAAAAGUAAGAGAAACGAUGACACUGAGGUUCGGAUGGCCCACCUGAUCCCCGAGCUCUGCUUUCUCACAGGGCUUCCUAGCCAGGCGACUACUGAUUUCCAGCUGAUGAAGGCUGUAGCCGAAGAAACGCGUCUCAAUCCUUUGGGAAGGCAGCAGCGCCUGGCCAGACUCGCAGACGACAUCCAGAGGAACAAGGAUGCUCGUUUUGAGCUGGAGACCUGGGGGCUGCAUUUUGGAUGCCAGAUGUCUCUGACUGGCCGGGUGUUGCCUUCAGAAAAAAUAAUACUGCAAGACCAUGUAUGUCAACCUGCGUCUGCUGCUGACUGGUCCAGGGAUAUGCGAACUUGCAAGAUUUUAAGUGCACAGUCUUUGAAUAAGUGGUUGAUUAUAUGCAGUAGCAGAGCUGAAAGAGUGAUGGAGAGCUUUCUGAAUUGCUUGAGAAAAGUUGGAAGCCCCAUGGGAUUUCAUGUGGAGUACCCUAAAAUCAUAAAAGUACAAGAAAAUGCAGCUGCCUUUGUUCACGCUAUACAGAAGCAUGUUGACCCUGAGGUUCAGUUGGUAAUGUGUAUUCUGCCUUCUCAGAAGAACUACUAUGAUUGCAUUAAAAAAUACUUGAGCUCCGACUGCCCAGUCCCAAGCCAGUGUGUGCUCGCUCAGACGCUGAACAAACAGGGGAUGAUGAUGAGUGUGGCCACCAAGAUCGCCAUGCAGAUGACCUGUAAACUCGGGGGCGAGCUGUGGGCCGUGGAGAUUCCUUUAAAGUCCCUGAUGGUGGUUGGCAUUGAUGUCUGCAAAGAUGCAUGCAGCAAAGGAAUGGUGGUGGUUGGAUUUGUGGCCAGUAUUAACCCCAGAAUCACCAGGUGGUUUUCCCGCUGCAUCCUUCAGAGAGCGGCGACAGAUAUUGCUGAUUGCUUGAAAGUUUUCAUGAUCGGGGCACUCAACAAAUGGCACAAGCAUAACCAUGAUGUGCCAGCACGGAUAAUUGUGUACCGUGAUGGUGUCGGGGAUGGUCAGCUAAAAACACUCAUGGAGUAUGAAGUUCCCCAGCUGCUGAGCAGUGUGACAGAAGCGAGUUCGAACACCAGCCCCAGACUGUCGGUGAUUGUGGUCAGGAAGAGGUGCCUGUCCCGGUUCUUGACGGAAUCGGGCCGAACUGUGCAGAACCCACCCCUCGGCACCAUCGUGGAUUCGGAAGCAACGCGGCCCGAAUGGUAUGACUUCUACCUGGUCAGCCAGGCCGCCUGUCGCGGAACCGUUAGCCCCACCUACUACAACGUCAUCUACGAUGACAACGGCCUGAAGCCCGACCACAUGCAGAGACUCACGUUCAAACUGUGCCACCUGUACUACAACUGGCCGGGCCUAAUCAGCGUCCCGGCUCCGUGUCAGUACGCACACAAGCUGACCUUCCUGGUGGCACAAAGCAUUCAUAAGGAACCAAAUCUGGAAUUAGCCAGUUCUCUCUUCUACCUGUGAUGACAUGAACCACUGGCAUCCUUAGAAGAGGAGUCUGAGGAGCAGUUGGUGUGCUUUGUACAAAUCUGCCAGGAGCUGGAGGCUGUGACUCGCGGAAGGAGACUGAGUUGACUUUUAACUGCUGGAAAAAAAAAAAAAAGCCAAAACAACUUAAAUGUGAAAUGGUUCAAAAGAAACGUACAUUACUUUAUUUUAUUUUAUUUUUAUUUAUUU